AUGCCGCCCCUGCCAUCCACCCCUGAGCUGGGGGGAUGUGCUCCCCCCCCUCCACUUCUACCUGUGCUGCUUUGCCCCUCCCAGAGGGAAACGGGAUGGAUUCGGGAGCAAGAUGUGUUCCUCCCCCAUCCUUGGCUGAGGAGAUGUUGGGGCUUGAACCCAGGAGGGAAGGUGGUGUCAGGGAGGAGGCUGCAUGACACCCCAGUCAAAGCGGAGGGGUCCCUUGGGACGUGCAUGUUCCCCCCCCCCCCCGCUCUUCCCCCCUCCCAUGGCAGACUGUCACCUCUAAUAACGUCUCACCCCUUCCGACAGCGACCAAAGGAAAGUGGCCCCCGGACUCCUCCUGUGCCACGCAGAAGCCCUGAGGGAGGAGGAAGAGGAGGAGGGGAAGGAAGCCAGAAAAGGAGACGAAAAAAAAAAUAAGGACAAGGAAGAGCUUGAACUGGAGCCAAGGGGGGUCUGGAUCACAACGGAGGGGACCCUGGGCUUCCCAGGACGCCUGUACCCAGCUGGGAGACCUCCCCCCACCACCACCCAGUGUUGGAGCUGGCGACCUCGGAGCAAGGGCUGGACGCAGGGAGCAGCAUUACUCCCCGGGGACACCCAGCCCUGCGUCCCUCUCCCUGGCAUCGGGGAGCCGGCAAGGCGUGAGCCACUGGAUUUUAGCUUCCUGGGACAUCCGAGGGACUCUUCCUCUUCUUCUUCCUCCUCCUCCAGCUCUGCCGCAGCACGCAGGUGAAACCCUGCCCAACCAGGGAGCAUUCACCUUCUCCGCUCGCCCCAUGGCCACCCCACAUCUCCCCACAGCCACUGGCUGAGCCCCCUCUGCAGCGUUCCCAACUCCGCAUGGUGCACCCUGAGCCUGCUCCCCACUCUGAACCGGAGCCCCCCGACCUCGCAGGGAGGCGAGCGUGCGGCUGGGACUUUCUUGGAGGCAGGGGAACGUUAAGAUGUUGAAAGCUCCCCAGCCGAGAGGGGCUGUGCGGACGCCAGGCCACCCGGCUAGGGGGGAGCAGGAUGGACAGAGCCGUUGGGGCCAGGAACGGAGGCCGGUAGGGAAGGAUGGACUCCCAGACCUGCCAGGACAGGCAGCCCAGUGACCAGCCCAGCAGCAGCAGCAGCAAUUGUAGCAGCAAGAGUAAUUGUGAAAGGGAAAGAAUACGGAGUCGGAUGAAAAUGGUGAUUGGGCAACUGGAAGGCAUCUUACAGGAGCUCAAGGAGGUGGCCAAGGAGCUCCGAGAGGUGGUGAACCAGAUCGACCGACUGACAUCUGACUUCGAGUUCGAGCUAGAGCCGGAUGACUGGACAACGGCGACGGCCAGCAGCACCUCCAGCAGUGAGAAGGGGGGGGGCGUCUUUGAGCUGGGACCCCUCGAUUUCACCACCUCCGACAUCCUCUCCGACAGCUGGGAAUUCUGCUCCUUCCUGGACGCUUCCACCCCCUCUGACCCCGGCGACGGUCCUGAGCCCCCCCGGCUGCAGCCCCCACCAACUCGCCAGCCCGAUUACCGGCUGAUGAACGGCGGGAUCCCCAUCACCAAUGGUCCCCGGGGUGGAGGAACCCCGGAUUCAUCCAGCGAGGAAGCCUUUGGCACGACGACGACCAGCCAGAAGAUCUCACAUCACCGGCCAGCCGGCACACGGGAACGGGUCCGAUUCAGCGACAAGGUGCUUUACCAUGCUCUGUGCUGCGAUGACGACCGGGAUGGUGACAGCACAGUGUCUCUGGGGGAUGAUGGUCCCGAGGAGCCCAGCCGUAAGGUACUGGCGGGGCCACCCUCCAAGCAUCCUUCCACCGGUGGUGGUGGUGGUGGUGGUGGACCCCCGGUGCGGCGGCUGACGAGGAAUAGCAGCACGCAGACCGUAGCCGAUAAAAGCACCCAGACGGUGCUGCCUUAUAUCCCGGCCAAGCAGAAAAUGAAAAACAAAAACUGACGCCAGCUCCGCCACGCGGAUUUGGGGAGGG